CUCUGUCUCUUUACUUUCUCUCUCUAUAUUUAUCUGUGUAUCUAUAUAAACUCCUCGUAACACUUCUGAAUGCAUUUAGAUUUUAGACUUCAAACUUUCUCCCUAACGAAUCUCACUUCACUUAUACAUCCUUCCAAAAACCAAGUACUUGUCUUUCUCGUUCGGGUCGGAUCAUCCAUUUCAAGAUUUCUUUAACAGCAGCUUUACUAGCUAUUUGCACACUGGGUAAUCACCUACAAUGGCGGAGGCUCUGAACUCUGAGACUGAGUCCACCACCACCACAAUAUCCGACCCAUUUUCUAAAGAACUGAGUUUAGAGGAUCCAAAUAGGAAAUGGAUCAAACGUAGCAGAGAAAAUGCAGAAGAUGAUGAUGGCAAUAGCAGUAGUAGCAAAGCCACCAAAAACAACAGUAAACAUCCGGUUUACAGAGGUGUUCGGCGGCGGGCGUGGGGAAAAUGGGUAUCGGAGAUCCGACAACCGAAGAAGAAAUCUCGGAUCUGGCUUGGAACCUUCCCUGACCCGGAAAUGGCUGCACGUGCACACGACGUCGCUGCACUCUCCAUCAAAGGCAAGUCCGCCAUUCUUAACUUCCCUGAACUUUCGGACAUCUUGCCCCGACCCAUUUCAUGCUCACCAUGUGAUGUCCAGGCAGCGGCCACUAAAGCUGCUUCCAUGGUUCAUCUCAACCAGAUCACAACCGCAAUGACGCCGUCCACGUCUGCUUCUUCGACCUGCUCCGCCGCGUCCACGUUGACGUCGUAUUCGGGAAAGCCACCGUCGGAAGAGCUGAGCGAGAUAGUGGAGCUUCCAAGUUUGGGAGAAGGGUUUAACUCGAACGAUUUUGUAUUUGUGGACUCUGGUUGGGACUACUUCUCGUCGUCGCCAUGGGUGGAGGGCGGCGACGGUGGAUGUUUCGGUGGAGAGCCGUUGUCUGUAAUGCCGUCGACUUCCGGACAUGUUAUAUCACCUGGCAGCUUUUUCUUUGAUGCCUUAUUAUGGCAAUAUUAAUAAAAUAAAAAUAAUAAAUGUUUCUUUUAGUUUUUCUAGUUGUUUUCUGGAGUUUAGUCUCUUAAACCACAUUUUUAUAUCACGAGGAGUGUCAUAAAUGUUAAAUUUGAUAUGUAAUUUAAGGGGUGAUUAUAAAUUGAUUAGCGUGUUUAUUAAAA